AUUCACAGAACGUAUUUGGUCAGGUAUUGCACUAUGACGUUGCUAUCACGUUGCUAUCACAACCGGUGCCGAUCCUACAAUGACCCGCGCCCUGGACGACACACCCUCCAGCGGCCCGCCCUCCGCAAAAAAGAUUGCAAAAUAGGCAAACAAAAAAACCCAGGCUAUAAUUACUGAUAAAACUGCUGUUAUCACAUUAUUGCUGCAAUAGAGUGGUAAUAGCACAUAAAUAAAAUGUUAAUAGGGAUAAUUGGGGAUAUUUGCGAUGACGUCGGGGGUGGGGUUUCGCUAUGGUGCCGGGCAAUUGCCUACUUGGCCCAACCCAUCAAACCGCUAGCCUGAUUAUCAUCGACUUUCAAAUCUCUUCGAGACUUGGUCUGACAAAGAGCAUAACAAUGACCAUUUCCCCAACGGAAUGGUUGACCCACCUCCCUUGGUUUGCUAAUGGCUGUUUGCUUCCUGACAAAGUGGGAGGAGUUCCCAUUUUUUCAGAAAGUACUUGCAUUGCUCUUGACCUGGCUAUCGGACCGCCCCCCUGAUGACAGCUACAAAAUUCUUCUGGCCUUGUAGUCCAGGAAAGAUGUCAUUCUUGUCUUUUCUGAGUUCUCAGAGGGCGGCCUUAACCAACUAGUAUGAAAUGCUUCUGUAUGCUAGAAGCCGCAACCAGUCUGACAACUCUUUCCUCUAAGGUAGCUACCAGAAGGCCCCAUGACAGAGCUAGUAUGUGUUUCAAGUAUUGUGUUCAGGUCUGCCUUUCACACCACACCGAUGGUCUACAGGGAUGCAGAAGUGGGGUGCUCCGGGUGCUUGAGAGGACUCCCAGACCCUCCGCCCAUCAUAGCACACCCUGGUCAAAAUGACUUCCUGUGUCCCUGAUGGUCUACAUGUGAAUGAGUUCAUGACAUUCAUUUCCGUAACACUGCUCCACUGCAGAAAGAACAUUGUGCUGUUGUGCUAUUGUGUUUGUGCUAUUGUUUUCAAAGGGACACCUCUUACAGGUCUCAUCUCUCACACCUCGCAUAGAACAACAUGUUUGAGCUCUAUUUCCUAAUUGCAUCGUGGAUUAUAGUCGUCUCCUGCAAUCACCACCCGUUGUUGGUGUGGAAGGAUUUGUGUUUUCAUACGUUCCAUAACUUUUCCACACAGAAAGUGGACAAAAACACUUCCGUGCCGCCCCCGCAUGAUGUGCAACAAAAAUGAAAUUUCUUCAUCCAUGUAUCCCAUAAUUUCUGAUGGCCACUGUAAUCCAAAGUGAGAGAAUGUGUCUCCAUUUUGAAAAAGAAUGUUGUAAUGGAAAUUUCUCAAAAAUACCCCAAAUCCCAUGACAAAAUACCACCAAAUCUCUGUGAAACUUUCCAAUUAAUCUAGCUCCUUCAGCCUAGCUCCUUCACCCUAACCCUAACCCUUAAUUUGAAAAUAGCAAAUAUACUGUAUGUAUUUGAAAGGACAAUUCCUCCAGUAUAUUUUCUCCCUCAAUUGAAACAUGACAUCACCUUGAAUUUAGGGAACUACAUGUACAUGUGGGAUGCCCUCACAAGCCAAACUGUUGAAACCACCAAAAUAUUUUUUUUAAAUACUGCAUACUAAUUGUGGAUUUGCAUAGAAAUAGUUUCAUAAUGAUGCAUUCCACAUUAACAGUGACAACAUUUUGACGAACACACAGUGCCAAAAAUCUGGGGAAAGCCAUGUGAAUGAAGAAGAAAGGAUCAGGUCAAGUUGUAGUGACAAUGUAUCUGUGCCCCUAGAUUAUCAACAAAAGACAUGUCAGACAGGAAACUCUAAUCAAGUCUAAGUGAAAUUAAUUGAAUGAUCAGGUUAGUAUGCUUGGUCAUAGCAGCUUUGAUCUGCUCGAGAAGCCGCUGAAAAUAUAAACUGUGUAACAAUUAAGAGCGAUCCUUAAAUAAGGGUGGUUGACGUUUGAGCCGUAACACACUUAAAGCAGGUAACAUAUUCCAAUUCCUGAAAAAAUGGGUGGAAAAUUGAAAAAAAAGAGAAAAAAUGGGGAUGUCAGUGAUCCGUGGAAUUUCGCCUAAUUUUUGGGAAAUGAGUCCUGCGGUGUGACAUCAUUGGUGUGACAUAUGUGUAAGAUACAAAAUAAUGAUUAAUAUUCUGCACAAAGUAGACACACCCUCCUUAGGUAAACUCCUGAGUCUCAGUGAACCUGCUCAGAGCCAUUUACGUCUUCUCAUUCAGCAACAGUCACCCAUUAUUCCGAUUUAUCUACAGUAGGCUGCAGACAUGUCAGUGAGAAGUACUUUGACUGGCCUGCUGGUUGUUUUCCUAAGCCUGGGCCCUGCUCAGAGUUGGAAAUUGUUGGUGAACCCUGGAGAUGUGAGUUGCGCUGGGGAGGAGGAGGGAGCAAGAGAACGCUGCUAUGGUGCCAGAGAUUAUGCAAUCUGCCCUGCCGACCAUGUACACAUUAAUCUAGCACAGCAUGAGGGGGCAUGCAGAAUACUCGUACAGUAAAGACAAAACAUUAUACUUCAUUUUGGAGUCAAAUUCUGUUCUCUGUGGAAUCACUGUGGGAUGAUGAAUCUAAAGUAAGAGACAAAGGUCAACUCCCUGAAUAGUGCAGACACUGUGUGGAAUCUGAGGUUUGCAAAGCAGCUGCAGACAGCAGUGUUUACAUUGGACUGCCGCUGGAGACUGCAGUGCCUAGACCCGCCUCUCCUUUUGUUUGUGAAUGAUUAACUAUGAAGUAGUCACACCCUCUUUGGGUAGACACACCCUCUUUGGGUAAACUCCUGAGUCACCGUGGCUGAUCAAAGCCAGAUACAGUACUUCUUCUCCCCAUUCAGCAACAGUCACACAUUAUUUCCACAGCAAGCUGCAGACAUGUUAGUGAGGAGUGCUUUCACUGGGCUGCUGGUUGCUCUGCUGUGCCUGGUGGGCUCUGCUCAGGGUGGUAAAUUGUUGGUGAUCCCUGGAGAUGGGAGUCCCUGGACAGUCAUGAAGCCCCUGGUGGAGGAACUGGGCAGGAGAGGCAACCAGGUGGUGGUGGUCAUCCCAGAGGCCAGCCUUAGCAUGGGCCCCUCAGACCACACCACCACCAUCACCUUUCCAGUGCCAUACACUAGGGAGAGCCUGAUAAAAGACCUUGACCUAGAUCUGGACUUUUUUUUGGACACUGAUGUGUCAUCUACUCCAGCCAAGAUGGUAAAUCACUGGAUGGGCAUGGUGAUGCUGAGCAAUUUCAACAUGAGGACCUGCAAGAGCAUGCUGUACAACAAGGAGUUGAUGCAGACCCUACGAGAUUAUGACUUUGACGCUGUCCUCACCGACCCGUUCUGGCCUUUAGGAGUCAUUGCUGCGGCUUAUCUGGACUUGCCCACUGUCUACUUGUACUUUUAUCUCCCUUGUCCUCUUGAUAUCAUAUCCACACGUUGCCCAAGCCCUGUGUCCUACAUGCCUCUGCGCAACACACAUUUCAGCCAUCACAUGAGCUUCUGGGAGAGGGCCAUCAACCUGUUGUGGUCCUUCUGGCUAUCACCGGCUGGCUGCAGUCGCUUAUACCUUUAUGCAGAUGAGAUGGCUUCAGACUUCUUGCAGAGAAAGACUUCCAUUGUGGAGCUAGCAAGCAAUGCAGCACUGUGGCUUAUGCGAGCCGAUUUCACCUUUGAGUUUCCCAGACCUCUACUGCCCAAUAUGAUCAUGAUCGGGAAGAUUAAAGCUGGAGAGCCAAAACCCUUACCACAAGAGGUGGAGGAGUUUGUGAGUGGCUCUGGUGAAGCUGGCUUUGUGAUCUUCACGCUGGGAUCCAUGGUGUCUCAGAUGCCAGAGAAAAAGGCCCACGAGUUCUUUGAGGCCUUCAGACAAAUUCCACAGAGGGUUGUAUGGAGGUACACAGGACCCGUCCCUGAGAAUGCCCCGAAAAAUGUCAAACUCAUGAAGUGGUUGCCUCAAAAUGAUCUUUUAGGUCAUCCAAAGGUCAGGGCUUUCAUUACUCACGGAGGAUCCCACGGUAUCUAUGAGGGCAUAUGCCAUGGGGUGCCAAUGGUGAUGCUACCAUUGUUCGGUGACCAACCCGACAACGCCCAACGCAUGGUGUCACGUGGAGUUGCAGAGGCUUUGAGCAUCACCGACGUCACCUCAGAAAAGCUCUUGACAGCUCUUAACAAAGUCAUCAACGACAAGAGCUACAAGGAAAAAAUGGAGAAGCUUUCAGCCGUGCACAACGACCGUCCCAUCGAGCCCCUGGACCUGGCCGUCUUCUGGACCGAGUUUGUGAUGAGGCACAAGGGGGCGGAGCACCUGCGGCCCGCCGCUCACGAGCUCAACUGGGUCCAGUACCACAGCCUGGACGUCAUGGCCUUCCUCCUCGCCAUCGCACUGACUUUCCUUCUCGCCACCUUGAAAUGCUGUGCGUUCUGUUUUAAGAAGUGCACAAGGAAGACGGAGGACAAAAAGAACACUAAACAAAAGAAGCAGUAAAAGCAAUUAGAUCAUGGGAGGAGCCUGGCUGUGGGUUUUAUUUGGGCGGGUGAUGGGAGUAAUUAACAUUGGUAGGGGAGACAGACUGAUGUGCAAGGAAAAAAAACUAUUGUACUUCCAAAUUAUGUCAUUAUUGUAAAAUGUUUUUUUUCUAUCAUGCUUAGAUAAAUGACUCUUAAUAUCCUAUUCAGAUAACACUACAGCAUGUUUGAACUACACACCUUAAAUUUUUACACAGUCAAGGAAAACUUGAAUUUGUUUAAACAAGGGGAAAAGGAAAGAUGAUUGAAAGGCUGCAUAAGUCAUUUAGUAUUGGAAUCUAUGGGAAGCUCACAGCUGCCUCUGCUUGAGUUGGGGACCACUGUAUGACAGUGGCAAUUGGAGACAUUUGAGCCUAGCUGUGACCAUAUGCCUAUAAUGUGGGGGCAAUUCUGGAUAUCAGUUAAUGUUGUGCUUUAAAGUCAUACAAAUCAACAUUCAUUUUACUACAGUGGGUAAUGGUAACUGUAACCCUGCAUUAAGUUUCGUUUCAAUAACCAAGCCAGUAAACAUACAUUAUGUUACGUAACAGUACAUCAUAUUACUGCAUUAUCGAGUACAUCAACCUCUUGUUAAAGGAAGCUAUCUGAGUUUCAGCAAGGUUAAAUCCUGCCACAUAGCCUACCUGUUUCAGCCAUUCCACUCCUCCAUCCGAUCCUGAGUAAGUGAGCUAAGCAGUAAAAUCACCUGUGUCCACCACAACUCAGUCAAAAUGAGUACACGACGUACAUAGCUAGCCUAGUAAUCCAUCGCCACCUGCUGGACACCGAAAUUACACAUCCAGUCUCACAUUUAGGCUGGUUUAUCAGGCUAGUUACAUAGCAAGACUUUUUCUGAAGUUUGUCCUCCUCUACUUGUUUAUUUACACGCAGCUAACAGUCAUCAGUGUCAGAUCUGUCUCCACAGUGGAUUGUUUAAAUUAGUUUUACAGUAUUUUUGACAUUUUAAUGUUAUCAAAUGUCUUUUAUACUAAAAUGUAAAGAACCGUCAUUUAAAAUAAAGUGAUUUAUGUCAUUGUUAUAGUAAUGACUGAAUAUGAGACCAAGAGAGGUGAUUUAAGGUGCUAUAAAUCCAUGGAAACGUUUGGUUUGUGUAUGAUUUGGAUCGAAUAAGCCUAGAUCUAACGCUGAGAUUACUUUUACACUCAUGCACUGCAGUGCACACAGGCCUUCUGCCUCUCUUGGUGUGACAGAAUGUUGAAAGAAAAAGACUCACCACUGACCAAUGUAUUGGUGGGUUUUUGUGUAUAUGUGCAUAGUCAAGUAAGGGUUGCACCUGUUCAUCCCUUUAGCACUUGACAAUGUUUCUCAUGCAUCAAUAAAUGUUGUUUGUGUUA